AUGGGUGCUGUAUUGGCGGUCGUUGUUCAUGGGUCGCACGUGAACCACCGAAGCAUCUUUCUUGUUGCGACGUGGCGAGCGUGGAAGUGCUUUGGCAAGAUAACGCAGCCUGUGCGGCGGACUGCCAACGACGCCAACGACGUCGAGUGCAUGUCUAUCGAUGGCAUGUCCCGCCCCCUGUAA